AUGUCUGAGUACCUUGCUCUCUGCGAGUGUGUCACUGCGAACGAGGACCUGGGCAAUCAUGGCGUAGAAUCCGCGGAGGAGAUGUGGAACAUUACCCUUAUUAUCCUCCAGUCCUCCUCCGCUUCCUGCGCCGCUAUGCAAAAAGCCGCCCACGGCGCUUCGCAGAUCCAAAGCCUCGCCGUCCGCUCCAUCGUCUGCCGCAAUGCCCGCACGUAUACUCUUCCCUGGCCUAUGACGACCUCUAACCAUCCUAGUCCGCUUAUGCUCCUUAACUACCAACUCUCCCAGUUCAACUCCACCGUCGCCGCUCUCGCCACACUCCAAUCCUCGCUCCUCCCCCAGCUAGCAGACAGCACAAACCUCUUUGGAGUCCGCUUUGCCAGCUUUACGUCCGCUUUGACAAAACACAAACUCAAUCAGCAGCGCGGCCAGGAUGUAUAUCGCUACUUCUAA